ACGUUCUUUUUUUUUUAUUUAGCACGUGGUCGAGGUUGUCCUAUGACCUUAACAGCCAUGGGCUGUUAUAAAGACUAUAGAGGAAAGAGAGUUCUUCCAAAUCUCAUCAUGAACCAACGUGGCACAGAUGGCUUCAUGGCAAACUAUACGAGUGAGCUUCCCAGGUAAUUGCAACAACUUGAGUUAAGUAAGCUUCAUUUCUCUCAGAUGGUGAAGUACAAAGAAAUUUUGAGCAGUAAAGCUAUCUUCAAUUGGUAAAAAUGAUAUGAAUUAUUUUAACGAUUAUUAAGCUGAGAAUUUCUCGAGGUAGUCACAUGUCACUUAUGUUUCAAAGUGACAAUACCUUUUUUAUGUAUCCUGGCAACAAUGCAAUACUUCCAGAGAGUGCCUCAUUAAAGUUCACUUUGAAAGUGGGCUCUAUUCGGGCGUGUACUUUAGGACACUGAAACAGGGGGGCGGGCAUUUUUAUUCACAGGCAAAAUCUUGAAUGCAUCGGGAGAGUACAGUAUUUUUCAGUCAAUUUAGUUAAUCAGCGGUACUAUCUCGGACAACUGUGCAAGUCCUGUAAUAGUUGAAAAACAUAUAUGUUUUCGAUUCCUCAUGGGAAGGAAGAAUUUUUUUCUUCGUAUGCCCCUUAUGACAAGGUGGAAAACAUUUUUUAAUUUUAUGACAGAGCUCAAAUGUUACCAUAUCUCGUUUUGUAUUUCCCCUUUGAGAGUGGGUAAGCUUCAAUUCCUAAUGAAGACUUCCUCUGUCCCACUCUCGUGACCAGUCAAAAAAGCAUUAGUCUCCCAAUGCACAGUUGUUGUUUAUUUUGCUAAGUGAUUGGGACCCUGGUUUCUUAUACUCGUUCGUAUGUUCGUUUGCUUUUUUUGUUUGGUUAAACCUGUUGUUUUUAUUUUCUAUUUUUGUUAUUAGUUUAAUUUGUAGUUGUGCGACAAAAGCCAAAGAGAUGGGCUACAAGUACAUUGGAAUUCAAUAUUAUGGAGAAUGCUGGGCAGGAGACCACUUUGCUAGUCCGCUUAAAGAGAAAAGAAGUUGUAUAGACUUAAAAUUCCGAACGUGUCAAAAGAUGGGCUCUCACAGGAUAUGCAGUGGAAAGGAAUGGACAAACUUCAUUUAUGGAUUACAAGAAGUAAGUGUGACUGAAAGAGAAGCCACGAACUUUCAAUGUGGGAAAUGGCUUAAUAAACAGUGUGAUUGUUAUUUUUAGUAUAAGACGUACAGAAUUCACACUUGUGAAGAAAAGGUGACACCCGAGAGCAAGUGA